UGGAGUAGGGCAGUGGAGAGAAACCCUGGCUGGCGUCCACGCGCUCAUCCCGGCCCCGGCGCGGGCAUGGCCGCCAGCCUGUGGAUGGGGGACCUGGAACCCUACAUGGACGAGAACUUCAUCUCCAGAGCCUUCGCCACCAUGGGGGAGACCGUGAUGAGCGUCAAGAUCAUCCGAAACCGCCUCACCGGGAUCCCAGCUGGCUAUUGCUUUGUAGAAUUCGCAGAUUUGGCCACAGCUGAGAAGUGUUUGCAUAAAAUUAAUGGGAAACCCCUGCCAGGAGCCACGCCUGCCAAGCGUUUUAAGUUGAACUAUGCCACUUAUGGAAAGCAGCCAGAUAACAGCCCAGAGUACUCCCUCUUUGUGGGAGACCUGACCCCAGAUGUGGAUGAUGGCAUGCUGUAUGAAUUCUUUGUCAAAGUCUAUCCCUCUUGUCGAGGCGGCAAAGUGGUUCUGGACCAGACUGGCAUUUCAAAAGGCUAUGGUUUCGUGAAAUUCACAGAUGAGCUGGAACAGAAGCGAGCCUUGACGGAGUGCCAGGGAGCUGUGGGACUGGGGUCCAAACCAGUGCGGCUGAGUGUGGCCAUCCCUAAAGCGAGUCGUGUGAAGCCUGUGGAAUAUAGUCAAAUGUACAGUUACAGCUACAAUCAGUAUUACCAGCAGUACCAGAACUACUAUGCCCAGUGGGGUUAUGACCAGAACACAGGAAGCUAUAGCUACAGCUACCCCCAGUAUGGCUAUACCCAGAGCACCAUGCAGACAUACGAAGAAGUUGGAGAUGAUGCAUUGGAAGAUCCAACACCACAACUUGAUGUGAUUGAGGCUAACAAGGAGUUCAUGGAACAAAGUGAGGAGCUCUAUGAUGCACUCAUGGACUGUCACUGGCAGCCACUGGACAGCGUGUCUUCAGAAAUCCCUGCCAUGAUGUAGCAAGGAUAAGCCA